AGCUGCUACUAAGCUGCUACUUGACUGCUACUUGACUACGAGCCCGUUGCGAGCCUUCCCUUCCUCUGAUAUAUUUCCAACCUGCCGUUGCAUUUCUUACACAAAUCUCCGGGUCCAAAAUCUGCCUUGCUCGGUAGGUAAGUUAUUUAAUAAAUCAACCUAGCGGUUACAGCCUGCAUGCAUUUUUACCACCAUCGGACUUCAAACACCCCACGUCAGCCUCAUCCAACCUUACCGACUUCAACCGACUUCAUUGUUGUAGUCGCCACUCCCUCCUAAAUCAAACUAAUCCCUUUUUGUUCGGUCGCGAUAGCCUCAAAAUAUCCAAAAACUGCCAAGCUAUCCAUACGCCUACUUUCUACCAUUGAUUUGUCAUUCUGGCGUUCCGAGCCAUUCGAGCAGCCGGCCUAGCUAUUGGCCUCGGUGUCACUGCCCUAGUCGCCUAUCAGCAGUCCAGACAGGGCCAGAUGGCGUCCAGAAGCCGCCAUUUAGACGCGACCGGAGAUCGCGAGGUGGUCUACUGCCACAGCUGCGAGAACGAGUGGUACCGAGAUGAACGUCCAGACACCUUAGAAUGUCCCCGAUGUCACCAAGAGAUUACAGAGAUAAUUUCACCUGAAAGUGACCCUCGCAACCUAGAUGACGAUCCCCUACUGAAUUUCGAGCAACGUCGCCGCCUUCAUCCUCGCUUCGAUUCCGAUGAAGACCCUGACGAAGAGGAUAUUGAUGAACACCUAUUCCGAGGCCCUGGAGGCUUUUUUGGCCAUCGAACUAUAUUGCGAUCCCCUGAUGGCCGAGGUCUUAGAACAAGCGCCCGAACGGCUCCCGACCACCCCGAACAGAUCAUACGAAGAUUCACAGAGAUGAUAUCCGAUAUGGAAGGAAGCUCCCCUACUGGUCGGUCCGGCCCAGACACACUUUUUGGUCAACCCUCCCGUGUUACGCUUCAGAGAUUUUCAGGACCCGGCUUCACAGGUGGUGUUAGUAGCUUUACCAUUACAUCGUCUAGUCCCGGACGAGUUCGCCCUGAUCCCAGCCGCGGACCAGGAUUUGGCCCUGAGGACCCAUUUCAAAGAGUGUUUGGAGACAUAAUGGGAGACCUAGGUCCUCCUCCUAUGGGUCGAGAUUCUCCCAACGGUCAGAAUCAAGCCGCUGGCGAAGGCAAUCCCCGCCAGCCGGCGGAUUUCUCGCUGGCUCUAAGUCAGCUCAUAGCGAGCCUGAUAAAUCCCCACAUGGCUCAUGGCGAUGCAGUCUACUCUCAAGAGGCAUUAGACCGCAUCAUCACGAACCUCAUGGAAGCAAACCCACAGUCCAAUGCGCCAGCGCCUGCUUCGGAGGAAGCCAUUGCAAAGCUGCCGAAGAAGAAGCUAGACGAGGCUAUGUUGGGACCCGAAUUAAAGGGUGAAUGCACUAUAUGUAUUGAUGAGGUAAAGGUGGGAGACGAAGCUGUCGUCCUACCGUGCAAACACUGGUUUCAUGAACAAUGUGUCGUCUUGUGGCUGAAACAGCAUAACACCUGUCCUAUCUGCCGUGCAUCUAUCGAUGGCGAGGCUGCUGGCCGCCCCGUAGCUUCCACUUCAAAUUCAGAGACUGGCAAUUCACAGCCCGGUCCGUCUGGCACUGCAUCUCAGCCUCGAAGACAGGAUGAAGGCCCACCGUUAGCUCGCCUGAGAUCGGUUCAAGCUAAUUCUUACAGUCGGCCGCAGCCAUUCAGACGAGACUCCAGCUCUCCCCCGACACGCUCUGGAACGGCCCCAGCUAGAGUUAGGAGCCCUUCCCCUUCUAGUCGUCGUUCAGCACAGAGUGACAGGGCACGUGACGGACGAGGUUCUGUCGGCGGUCCAUUUAAUUGGUUCAGGGACCGAUUUGGGGGAGACAGACGCUAAUCAAUGCAUUUUUGAUUGAUUCUUUGAGCCUUUCAGUGCCUUUUAGUGCGUUCUGGAUGGAGCGUUUUGACAUUAUUUGGUGAUAGACCAAAAUGCGCUAGAGCAUAUCCGCCGGGGAGUAUAGUACCCCAGUUUUGAUGAAAAGUCCACGAAAAGUCUACAAUCUUGUGAAUCACGCGGUCAGGCUCUUUCGCCGCAAAAAUGGCAUGACCAUCGGGGCAAAUUUGGGGGUUUAGGAAGCGCCUAGGCCACUAUCGCAAUAUCUUUGCGCGAUCCCUCUUUAAUGGAAGAUUUCUUUGGCCGGGGAGGAAUGGGGAGCUUUCCCACUUUCCAAACGUAUGGAUAAUGGAGGAUCUUUGCGAACUAUGAAGCAGACCAGCCUGAUAAAGGAGAUUUGGGACGAGACGGUUGUCCAUAAACCAAAGUCUUCGGGAUAGCAAAAGUGGACCAUGAGGGCUUCACUGAGUUAAGUAAUAGAUCUCCCAAGCGUUCAUGAGUAUCCAUUCUGCUAUGAAUUAACGUAACAUGAGUCUGCGUCAAGAUAGCUUUUGGCUUUGUACAUUUUACUAGUAAAUGUGAGAUGACCGUUCUCCUAACCUUGUAUUCUAAUGUUCUUUUUCUUUUUCUUUUUCGGACCAGUUCAUGCUUCGUUGUCUUUGGCACGAUAAUGAUUAGGUAGUUUUUGACAAUAAUAAUGCCAUUCACAUUCAA